AUGUUCAGGAGCCACCAGAGACCCAGGAAGGCGCUGGAAUUUGUCACAGGGAUCAGCAGCGAUCGUGGAGACACCGAGUACACGCUGGGACCUCAGCACCUGGAGCUGUAUCCGGAAGCUCAGCCCCUUCAGGAAGGUUCCAGAACCCUCUGGAAGAACCUCAGGAAUUCCCAUGGGGACACGCCCGGAUCCGGCUUUGCCUCAUCCCCAUCUCCCCUUUUUCCCGCAGGGCUCCGGGCGGCCGUGACCCUGCUGGAGUCCGGGGGGGACCUCCAGCCCCCCGGGGGGUCCCUGCGCCUCCUCUGCCGCGCCUCUGGAUUUGAGUUUGGGAAAUUUGGGAUGUUCUGGAUCCGCCAGAGACCCGGGAAGGCGCUGGAAUACGUCGCGAGCAUCAGCAGCGGUGGCAGCACGUACUACGCGCCAUCCGUGCAUGGCCGGUUCACCAUCAGCAGGGACAACGGGCAGAGCUCGGUGACGCUGAGCAUGAACAACCUCCAGGACGAGGAUUCCGGGGUUUAUUUCUGUGCCAAACGUUACAAUGAUGGUCAUUACGAUGCUGCUGCUUAUCGUGUUGAGGGCGACCGUGGCCGUGGCUCCUGCACCCAGAUCGAU